AUGGUUCGACUUGCUUCAGGACUUGCCUCAUGGGCGUCCAGCUCCCUGCUGUUGUGCUGCGCCAUCAUCGCGGCUCGGGCUGAUGACAGCGACUGGCCCAUCAAGAGUACCAAUUACACCGACACGGUGCAGUGGGACCACUACAGCUACUUCAUCAACGGUCAGCGUGCUUUCCUUUUUGGAGGCGAGAUGCAUCCAUUCAGGUUGCCCGUGCCAGAGCUCUGGGAAGAUAUCCUUCAGAAGAUGAAGGCCAUGGGCAUGAAUACCAUGUCCUUCUACAGUCUCUGGGGAUACCACGAGCCCGUACCAGGCAAAGUCGACACCGAGACCGGGGGUCGCGACCUCACCCGCCUCCUCAACUAUGCCCGUGAAGUCGGAAUGUUUGUGACUCCGCGGCCCGGUCCUUACAUCAACGGCGAGCUGAACGCUGGCGGCUUCCCUCUCUGGCUGACCACUGGAGCCUACGGCACUCUGAGAUCCAAUGGCUCUGCUUACACUGAGGCGUGGGAACCAUAUCAGUCUGCAGUCGCCCAGCUUGUCGCCCCAUUCCAAGUGUACCGCAAUGGUACGGUUAUCAGCUACCAGAUCGAGAACGAACUACCCAACCAAUGGAUUGAUAAGUCGAGCAAAACGCCGGACACUAAACACAUUGACUACAUGGAGAAGCUCGAAGAGAAUGCUAGGGCUAAUGGAAUAGGCAUCCCGUUCACGCACAACAGUCCCAACAAUGACUGGUCUUGGUCUUCCGACUGGGACACCCCCCUGUGCUGGUCGUGUAACCCGUCGCAGUGCUCGAGUUCGCACCCGGCAUUCACUCUGUUAGAUUAUGUGUCUUAUUUCGACACCUAUUCCCCGUCUCAGCCAAGCUACAUGCCGGAGUUCCAAGGUGGCAAGGUGGUCCCCCUGACGGGUUUUCCGGACGGCUGUGCGGACACGGUUGGGCUUGAGUACCGAAACAUCUACUAUCGUCACAACAUCGACCAGGGACUUACGGCAAUCAUGUCCUACAUGACAUACGGAGGUACUAACUGGGGCUGGCUCGGUGUCCCUUUCCUGGGCAGCAGCUACGAUUAUUCUGCCCCGAUUGCCGAGGACCGCUCGCUGCGGGACAGCUUCUUCGAGCUGAAGAAUCUCGCCCUCUUUACCAGAGUUGCAUAUGACCUGAGGAAGACAGACCGUAUCGCAUCAGGAACGAAUUAUACCACGAAUCCUCUCAUUUUGGCCACAGAACUGCGAAAUCCGGAUAACGGUGCUGGCUUCUAUGUUGUCAGGCACAACGAUUCCACUUCUUCGACCCCGGUGACUUUCAAGAUCCAGCUCGACACGUCAGUUGGAAGGGUGACCGUUCCAGCCCACGAGAGCGAGAUGACUCUUAGUGGCCACAUUGCGAAGAUCCUAGUAACCGACUUAAGCAUUGGAGAGGAAUCCAUCAUAUAUUCCACCGCGGAGGUGCUGACCUACGCCGUCAUUGAAGGGGAGACGACGUUGGUACUAUGGACUCCGGCAGGCGAGGGAGGAGAGGCCUACAUAACAGGGGCCUCCACCGGCACUCUGCUGACCAGCCACCAGACCAACGUGCGUUUCCGCGCGGCAGAGAAGGGAACCAUCAUCACGUUUGAACAACCUAUCGGGUUAACCGUCGCACAAGUCGGAAAGGUAAAAGUGCUGGUCGUGGACCGGAGCGUCGCCAACUUCAUCUUCGUCCCCUCAUUAAGCGCGGAUCCGCUUGUCCCCGUCAACGAGACCGUAGUUGUUUCUGGCCCAUACCUCGUCCGAGGAGCCAGUAUUGACUCGCACACAAUCUAUGUUACAGGAGAUACGGUCAACGCUACGCAGAUUGAAGUUUUCGCACCCCAUGCAGUGAAGAAAGUUGCGUGGAACGGUAAGGUUCUCAAAACUGAGCGUACCUCAUAUGGCAGCCUCAAAGCACGGCUCUCGGGGCCAGUUAGAGUCAAACUUCCAAAACUCGGCCCGUGGAAGGGUCAAGACUCUCUCCCCGAGAUCUUGCUAUCUUAUUCCGACACAAGCCUUGCGUGGAUCGAGGGGAACCACAGCACCACGCACAAUUCCGGCUCGGGAACCGUCCCGUACCUCUACAGCGACGACUACGGUUUCCAUACUGGCUCGUUCCUCUAUCGCGGCCGGUUCAACGGCACAGCAGCUGGCGUCAAUAUGACCGUCUACGGGGGCGAGUCUGCCGGGUAUUCUGUCUAUCUGAACGGCAAGUUCAUCGGGGCGUUCCUCGGGAGCUCCUCUAGCUCAGGAUCUCUUACGCUCGAUUUUCCCAACGACACGUUAGUCGAGUCGGGUCCCAACGUGCUCGCCGUGGUGGCAGACACCUCUGGCCACGAUGAAGGCGGCGGCGCGACAUCCGUUCGCGGUAUAUAUCAGAUCAGCCUAACAAACACCACCGGGCCGGGCUUCUCCUCGUGGAGGAUGGCGGGAACAGCGGGAGGUGCGGACGGUGUCUAUCUGGACCCCGUCCGGGGCGCGUAUAACGAGGCCGGAUGGCAGGCGGAGCGGUUGGGCUGGCACCUCCCGGGAUACGACGACUCGUUCUGGCCGGCAUCGAGCCCUUCGGAGGGCUUCGCGAACGCGACGGUGCGCUUCUACCGUACCACGGUGCCACUCAACAUCCCCGAGGGCCACGAUGCGUCUAUCGUCUUUAACCUGCAGAACCUCGGAAGCAGCUCAGCAGUCAGGGCGUUACUCUACGUCAACGGGUAUCAGUAUGGACGUUACAACCCUUACGUGAACGAGGCGACCGAGUUCCCUGUGCCACCGGGUAUUCUGAACUACAAAGGCGACAAUGUGAUCUGCCUGCUAGUAUGGGCCCAGUCUACGAGCGGUGCGGCAAUCUCUUUAGACUGGUCUGUUACGGAGGUGCGAGAGUCAUCGUUCAAUCCCAGAAUAGACGCCGGUUACCUACAGCCUCGGUGGAACGCGACCCGGCUGAACUACGCUUAG